AUGUGUCUCUGGAAGAACUGGAGCAUCCAACUUUUUGUACUUCUCGGCUUGAUUUUCCAGAUCAUUCUUGCUGUAUUAGGAAGCCGCAGAAAAAUCUCUAGUGCCAAGACUAUCAGAUUCGUUAUUUGGGCAUCUUAUCCGCUUGGCUCUUAUAUCUCGACGCAUGCGCUUGGCAAGCUCACGAGCGUCAGCCUCAACAAGUCCGAGGAAGAGUACGAUACCGAACUAAUAGUGCUGUUGGCCCCUUUAACUCUACUGCUGCUGGGGAAUCCAGAUAGCAUCACCGCAUAUUCAAUGGAAGACAACUGGCUCGGCUGGAGGCGUGUAUUGAACCUCAUCGUCACAUUUCCUUUCGUGGUGUGGAUCCUAGUGCGAAGUUGGAAGACCUCCAUCCGGAUGAUACUGUACUUUCCGAUGUUUGUUGCUGGGAUAAUCGAGUACGGAGAAACAAUUUGGGCACUCUAUUCUGCGUAUGACGAGAGCACGAACAUGACACCAGUCACUCCAGGGGAUUUCAAUGAAGAAAAGGAGAUGUUCUUUGCACUCCUUACACGGAUGAACUGCCAAAAAGUCAUUCCCGAUCAGGAGAUUUACUUUGAGGCUUACUAUUGGUUUGAUUGCUUAAAGCCUCACCUUUUGGGCAGGCUGAAACACCCUUUCUUCAAGUUGGAUCGUAGGUGUCCGAUCAACCAAUACAGUCCUGAAGAUGUAUUCUUGAUAACCGAGAUGGAACUCGGGUUCACGUAUGGUGUCCUCUACACUAAAGCACCAGUUCUUUAUACCAAGCUCGGGAUCACGCUCCGGGUAAUCAGUUAUUUCAAUUUGCUGUUAACCUUAGGUGGAUUCAUGGGGCUUUUCUUUGACAAAUUCUUGAGAGAUCCGUACGUUAUCUACAUGUUUGGGCUGCUGAUUGGAGUCGUGCUUCGGGAAACUUACCAGUUGUUGAAGCUGUUCAAUUCGGAUUGGGUGAUUAUAAAAAUUACGAACCACCUUGAGAAUCCAAUGGUCCUGAAGUUUCUGCAAUUUCUUGUGAAACGAUCUCUGAAGAAGGAAAGGCGGUCUAACAGAAUUUGGCAAUUUAAUUUUCUGGAUUUCUGUCUAUCCGAGAAACAGCCCUGGCACUUCAAAAUCCUUAAACUGUUCGGCAAGGCGGAGAAGUUUAAGAGAUAUUGGUUAAAGAAAUCUAUGCAAAUUCCGAAGUAUGUGAAAGAAUUAUUGGUUAAAGACAUGAAAAAGUUUGAAAUAAAGAGAGACUAUCGACCCUUCACUAAAAGAGGCCAAUGGUCGCUCGGCGCUCACGAGUCUCUGGAUAAGCUCGAAUGGAGCAUCGAGAUGACAUUUGAUAGAAGCAUCAUCAUAUGGCACAUCGCAACCCAUGUUUGCUACCACUCAUGCCACAAAAAUUCAAAUAAUAAGGAGACGAGCAAACUGAUAUCAGAUCACAUGAUGUUUCUUCUGGUACAUCCUCAAAUACUCUCUUUGACCACAGCCGAGAUCACUUACCAUCACACCUACACAAAGCUCAAGACGUUCUUGAAUAAAUUCGCGAAAGAGAACAUCCUGAAAGUUCUAUUGGCGCCCGAUCCCGGGCAGGAAUGUAACUCCUUUGAAGCAGUUAUCACCAAAGGAUGGAAUGUCCUUGAGGAAGCGCGAACACUCGCGAGAGAGCUGAAAAGUACAAAAGACACAUGGCAGCUCGUCAGCAGCAUUUGGGUUGGGAUGCUAUGUUUCGCGGCAUACAAUUGCCAGCAAUACCAGCACGCGAAGCUACUGAGGCAGGGUGGAGACAUUAUCACUCAUGACGCAGCGUUCAACGAGUAA